CGCAAGAGACGGCUCAAGCAUCGUUUCAAACCUCAACACCACCGCUAACAUCACCAUAUCGAGUCAGUGCAUUCCCGCUCUCCGACAGCUCAAGCCACGACCAUCUCUAGUUAGCACUAAGAUGAGGUUAUUUACCAAACUACGGAACCGACAACUUGGGAUACGGGCCGGAUGAGAGAUUUCCGUCCAAGACUCGUCAGACUGUGAUCUCGGGAACAGAGGAACCUGAAGGUUUUGCUGUCAUACUAUGACAUAGGCGCCAUUUACGACAGAUUUACGAAAAAUGCAGGUACAGAACUGGGCAUGAGUUUGAUCAAAUUCGACCAAGACAGAAACAACGACAUUGUUGUAGAUCUAAUGAUCUAUCAAGGGUACUUUCAUCAUACCCGUCCCAUCUUGUUCACCUGGCCCGUCGAUCACCAUGCUAAGAAGGUCUCAGAGACAUCGUUUUUGUCAGUCUCAAGCAGAUUCUUCGCCGAUAGACACGCACACACAAAACCCUGACAAUUGGGGCGGCGCCUUCAACGUCAAGAUGGGACCCUUUACGACAAACGCGGACAAAUUAGACGCAGGAACCAGGAACCAAGAACCAAGAACGGACAUUUUGGGCCAUGUUUCGGUCACGGCUGCUCUGCCGUACUCGUGGCAUUCAUUCUAGGGUCUAAAAUGUCUAGUCCCAAGGCCCCGGAAUGCAGAUGCCAGGCCAUACCAUACUCGAUCCAGAUACAUUCCACCCAAAAUCAUCCUCUUCACGGGCCACAUUCCACAUUAAGCUCUCCAGCAUGGCUUCACUUAGCUCCAUGCUUGCCCAGAAUGCCAUGCUAUGGAUCUCGAAGUGCCUGGAAAUUGGCCUUGCCCUCGAUCCGGAACACUCAGCCCGCCUCUUACAAUGGAUCGUUGCUGCUCCCAUUGUCUUGAAAUAUCAGGCCCGACCCCCCGUCUGCUUAAAACAUCUCUAUCCCACGAUCACAACUAUUUCUCACCCACCCAUCAUUCACGAUGAAAUUCAGCACGGUUUCCUUUCUCCUCCUCGCCGGCUGUAGUACGGGUAUUCCUCAUGAAAUCCGUGGCGAUGUCUACGAGGUGAAGAAUCCAUUCUCACCCAACGCGGUUGAUCCAGAAGUUGAAGGAGUAAAGGGUCUGCAAAAAAGGGCAAUAGACCCCAAGGGAGAUCAAGCCCUCGUGGCACGUGGCGACGUGUACGAGGUCAAGAAUCCCUUCUCGCCUAAUGCUGUUGACCCUGAGGUUGAAGGUGUGAAGGGUUUACAAGACCGGGACAUAAAACCCAGGGAUGUAUCCCAUAACGACCCUUUAGAGGCACGUGGCGAUAUCUAUGAGGUCAAGAAUCCUCUUUCACCCAACGCUGUUGAUCCAGAGGUUGAAGGAGUUAAAGGCCUGCAAGAGCGGGAUAUUGAUCCCGAGGAACAAGAAGAGGAGGAACUUGGCAAGACGCUUCGAGGUCGAGCUAUUGAUCAUGAGAAUGAUCCCGACUCGGCUCACCUCAAGCCUAGAGCUGGCGGAGAAAAGGUCAAGAUGGACCAACUCACCAACACGCGUUACAAGAAGCCUCAUGCCGAAAUUGCCCUCAUCCAGGCAUACAACAAAUAUCACAAGCCUUUACCCCCGAAGCUCAAAAAGAUUGCUCAACAUGAGGCUGACCUCAUCAAAAACAAGCUUGGAAUGAAGGGUACUGCUUCGGCAACACCGCCUCAGUACUACGAUUCACAGUAUGUAGUUCCUGUCAAGAUUGGUACUCCAGCUCAACAAACAUAUCUGAACUUUGACACUGGCUCAUCUGAUCUUUGGGUGUUUUCUACAGACACAUAUCAACCUGACCAAGCUGGUCACAUUCUCUACAAGCCAGACAAGUCGACGACCUCGAAGCGACUAAACGGUCAGACUUGGAGUAUUAGAUACGGCGAUGGCACUGGCGCCAGUGGCAUUGUCUACACCGACAAGGUCCAAGUCGGAAAGACCUAUGUCAACAAGCAGGCCGUUGAGUCUGCCACUGAAGUCUCGGAUGGUAUCGCCUCAGACAAGUUCUCGCACGGCAUCAUGGGUCUCGCCAUGUCAAGCCUGAACACUGUCCGACCUACACCUCAAAACACCUACUUCCAGAACGUGCAGAACAACUUAGCAGUUCCAGUCUUUACCGCCAAUCUGCAGAAGGGCAAGGCUGGAAACUACAACUUUGGCUACAUCGACCAGGGCGAGUAUUACGGAAGCAUUCAGUUCGCCAAGGUCAAGAAGGGCAGUCCUUGGUGGCAGAUCAACAUUGAGGGCUACCGCAUCGCUGCGGGUGCACCGUGGCACAAGUACAACUAUUCAGCCAUCGUCGACACUGGCACCACACUUCUUCUUCUGCCCGGCGUUUUGACAAACUUCUACUACAGAAAGGUCAAGGGCGCUUACAUCGACCAAGACUACGGUGUCUGGGUAUUCCCCUGCACAUCCAAGCUCCCCAGCUUCUACUUUGGCUUCGGCAGCUACCAAGGCAAAGUCCCCGGAAACUACAUCAACUACGGUCGUCUCACCAACACUGUCUGCUACGGUGGCAUCCAGAGCUCCGACGGUAUUGGAUUCGCCAUUCUGGGCGACAUCCUCCUCAAGGCGCAGUUCGUCGUCUUCGACCUCAAGGGUCAACGUGUUGGAUUCGCCAACAAACUCACAAUCAAGUCAUAAGGCUAUUUCAUUCAACCACCGUUCUUUCGUGACCCUCAUUCACUUCUACCUUAGCUAGGCCACUACUAUUUUUCCUAGAGUCGUGAAAUCAUCAUUGUUUUCGUUGCUGCAUUGGGAAGCGUGGGCGUUCUUGUUGGAUAAACCGGUGCCUGCAUUUACUACCGUAUAGCUGAAAGUCUAAUAAAAAGCCGACCAGGCCUUUUUCGUAUGAAUUUGAAUUUCUCGUCGGACAGAAAAUGAAAUAAACUCCAUCAAAAUUCCGCA